UAUGGGAACCCACCGGUUUGUUUGUUUGUUAGAUUUUCUUAUUGUGUACUUGACAGUAUGUUUCUCAAUCCUUUAAUUGUCUAAUUAUUUCAUCUCUGCUGCACUAUCCUGCUGUACUUGACUUUCAAGAACACUUUUAAAAAUUUACAAGUGUUGAACUCCCAAGUUAGAGUUGGUGGAUCUUUUAAUAAUAAACAUAGGUUUGCAGUAAGGACAGUACCAUUCCCAUAAAACCACUUUAACUACUCUUUGUAUGUUUUUUUUGUCAUAUCAUUUACCGUGUGUAUGCUUUUCUUUUGUUUCUUCUUUGCUUGGGAAGCAUCAGUAGAUACCAUGAGUUCAAGAGGUACAAGCAUAGGUGAGCAGACUGAGAUAACAAAUAAGUUUAAAAUCAUAAAACAAGUGUACAUUCCUCUGUUGGACGAAAUGCUUGGUCGGUGAGGUUGCAGAAUUCAGCAGCUACCUAUUUCUUCAGAAAAUCUUCCCUCUCACCUGAAGCCUGAUGAGAUUGGGUAUAUCCAAAAGUAUAAAACAGAUUUGGAAUUCGCACGAUAUUCUUUGCAAAUGUCACUAGGUCCUCGUGGGUCUAUGAAUGAUGUAAUUCGUUGGGAGAAAAAACUUGUUGGAUAUCUGAAUUUGCCGAAUGUCAUGGCGGCUGUUCAAUUGCCUGGUGACCUGUUGUCGCAGUUGCAAAUUCCUAGAAUGAAACAGCAUGACAGCAACCAGAACGAUUCUGAGAAGUCAGUUUCAACAAUGACACCUAUAGAACGAUUAGUUAAAGCGGUAGAGAGAUUGUCACCUAAAGCAUUAAGUGCGGCGGUCGAUGACAUUCGUUCAGUAGUCAGUAUGACUGAUGUGUUUGCAGGAUCACACCCUAGCAAAGGAGGAGCUAGAUCUUUUUUUCAUGAAAACUUAGCGUCUACCACAAGGGGUCAUGUCGAACGUAGAUAUUUCAAAGUAAUAAAAAAUGUAAACGAAAAGAAACUGAAGCUAUGUUACUCGAAAAUUUCAGUUGAAAGCUCAUCCAGAGUUGAGGUGAAUCAUGUCCUUCUGGAAGAAGUCGGAGAGAUAAACCAUGUGCUGAUCAAUACAAAACUGAGUAUUAGUGACAAGAGUAUCACUCUGGCGUCAGGUGCCGGUGAAUAUGUUGAAGGCAUGAUUGUCAACUGUACAUUCAGCCCAGUAUCUCGCAGUUCAAGUACUGAAAAGUUUCCUGCUCUACCUAUGUGGUUCUUAAUCCCCGCAAAUUAUCCCCUGUGUACCCCUGUACUAUUAGAUUGUUUGCACGACACGCGGAGUCACAGUUAUGAAUACGAAUAUCUAUUAACAGAUGCAAAGAAUAAGUUCAAUCAAUCCCUCCGCUGGAUUCCUGAUCUAACUAUUAAGGGGAUGGCCGAGAGUUGGGAUUCUUGUGCUGAUGCAGCGUUUUCUGAGCAUGCCAGAAGAAUGGAGAAGUACUAGCAUAAGCUGUAGUUCCUGAUUCAGUAAUUCGGGAGAAUGAACGUUUGUAGGACUUACACGACGGUGUUAGGAAUUAGAACUUACACUUUCUGCUGUGUGGCAAUGUAUUCCUUUUUUACAAUUUAAGUUCUUGUAUA